AAAUCUUGUAUAUGCCAUCAUUAAAACCGCCAAAUAUUGAUUUGGCUUUAGCGUCGCGUUCCUGUGCAUUAAGGUGUUAAGUGUGAGAGUUUUGCGAUAUUCACAGCAGAUGGAAAGUGUUGAUAUCAAUUCAUCAGAAGUAUUAGUACAAGCAAAGAAAAUGAGAUUAGACGGCAAAAUCGUUUUGCGCUGGGCAAAGCUGACUGAGCAUGCUUUAGAGCCAGUACGUUCUACGGAAAAAGCCGCAGGUCUAGACUUGCGCAGUGCCUAUGAUUUGGUGGUCCCGGCUCGUGGCAAGGCAUUGGUGAAGACGGAUUUGCAAAUUCAAGUACCUAACGGCUCUUAUGGGCGAAUUGCUCCACGUUCUGGUUUGGCUGUUAAAAACUUCAUUGAUGUUGGUGCCGGGGUCGUGGACGAAGACUACAGAGGAAACCUUGGCGUUGUGCUGUUUAAUCACUCCGACCAAGAGUUUGAGGUGAAACGUGGUGAUCGCAUUGCUCAGUUAAUUUGUGAGCGUAUUUUUUAUCCUGAGUUGGAGCAAGUCGACAAACUGGAGGAAACGGAACGUGGCGAAGGAGGUUUCGGUUCAACCGGAGUUAAGGGAUUGCCUGUGGCUAAGAAUGGUUGUGGCGAAUCAGUUCCCGUUGAUUCAUAAACAGUCAAAGUUCUAGGCUUUAGUUUUAAGUUAUUUAGGGUGUAUGUAUGUUUCAUGUUUUCAUUAAAUAAUUGUAGCCUGCAAAA